GUUUGAUGGAGCUGGAUGGAUGGGGUGCACGAUAAGUCGACAAUAAAGUGAAGCCGAGGGGUUCGCGUGCGAGGAAUUAGAAUCUAUUGGCCGGAAUUUGCCGGUGGAGGGUUGAGAUUGCAGGAAGCUGAGGUUUAAGAAGCGAAUCAGGGUUUUUUGGAAGGCGAGGUUGAAAGAAAUUUUCUCUCCUUGUCUUUGUUUUCACAAGUGAAGCAAAUAAUGGAUGCUCAAGCGAGGAAGAAGGCACUGUUUCGUGCUAAAUUGAAUGCGCAGAAGAAGGAGAAGCGCAUAGAUUCUCCUCUCGUGAGAUACAAUGAGUUUGAUCAACCUGUUUGUCGGGUUUGCGAUGUUGUUCUGAAGUCUGAAGCUAGCUGGGAUGCCCACCAGGUUUCUCGUAAACAUCAUGAGGCAAUUAAUAAUAUCAAAGCUAAUGCUGCUGGACGGACUCAAAUUAACAAUACGAAGCCUGAGUCCCAUCCCGAGUCAGCUAUGAAUUCGCAAAAGAUGAAAGUUGAACCCUCAACAAGACUACCGGAUCCUAAGACUUCAUCUGGGCUUCCUUCUAACUUUUUCGAUAAUCAUGAUAUGGCAAAACAAAAGACGGUUAGGAUAGUGGACCCUGAUUCAUACAAAAUGUCAGGGGCUUCUGCUCAAUCUCAGGCGAAGACGCUGAACUUGGAAAAUAAGUUGGAUGGUUUGCCUUGUGGUAAAGUCAGCCAGACAAAAAGCAAUCAGCCUGAGAGAGAGGCUGGACAGACAUCGGCAGACAUAGCUGGUUCAGGAACCAAGCAAGUGAAGGGGGUUCUUCCUGAAGGCUUCUUUGAUAGCAAUCAAGCUAAUUUAUCUGUUGAUAGUGACAAGUCUACCGAGGAACACGUAAACCAAUAUGUACAGCAUACAAGUUCAGAGACCACGCAAGUAAAGGGAUCUAUUCCUGAAGGCUUUUUUGAUAACAAAGAGGCUGAUUUACGAGCUCGUGGUAUCAAGCCCGUUAAACCAGAUGUCAAAGAUGAGUACAAGGAAUUUGAGAAGUUGAUCCAAGAGGACUUGCAGGAGGUAGAUAACCGUAUGGAAGAAGAAGAGUUUGAUGCGGCUGAAAUGAUAGAAGAGGAGGAACUGGUGGAACAAAAAUCCUACAAGGAGAAGGUGGAAAUUUUGAAGAGGAAGAAAAUGGAGUUGGAGGCUGCUAGGUCAGCCAAACGUAAUAAAGGCGUUGAGGUUGCUAGAAAAGAGCCUAUGGAAGAAGAAUCAUCCAGUGAUGAUGAUAGUGAUGAGGAUUUUGCUGUGGAUUGGAGAGCGCAACAUCUAUGAACUCUACUUCUAAAUUUGCUGGUUGAUUAAUUCAAAUUGGAUCACUCGUCCCGGCAAGAAGAAUUCGGAGCCACUUGCGAAUUAUCCAAAUACUUCCUAACAUGUAUCCUGGUGAUGUAAAAUCUACCCACACCUUGACGUCCGGCUACUUGCUGUAACAAAGCAUCGGUUCCUCUUUCUUGUACAUGAUUUAUGUAGCAAACAGACAAGAUCGGCUAAACUCAAUAAACUACGCUGGUUUUGCGGGCAACUUUUCAAAAGUAUACCUAUAUACCAAGCAUCCAUCCACUACGACAAUUAUAUUGUUGUUCUUGGUUUACACUCAUUCUUGUACCUGGGAGGCAGGAUGGUCUAAUUUUGAUGGGGCAUUUUAUUUGAUUGUGAUUGAUAUGAUCCUGGCUCUUGGAGGGAAUCAAACUGUUUAAGGGUUUCAGGCAAUGUUAAUAACAAAUCAACAUUUUUGGGGAAUUUAAUUAGCGAUUCACAAAACUUGUGUCUCAAUGACUAUUUCAAACUCUAUUAAUUUUGUAACAUAUUCAUGACCUUAAUUGAACAGCAUAUGUUUUAUAGGUUUGUACUUUUGUGUCUUUGUGUUCUAAGGAGACAUGAUCUUAAAUUUGGUAGAUGAA